AAAAAAUGCUUCUGAAAACAAAAAUUCACUUGGAAAACUUUAAAAAUUAGUCGCGGGAAAAUGAGAGAGAUUUUUGGCGGGAUCUCUAUAUAAUUUUCCAUUAGUUAUUAAUUAUUUAUUUUAUGAGAGUAACUUGAGAUUUGAGAAUAAGAAAAGUUGAAAUUUGUAAAAGAUAUGAGAAAUUAGUAAAUUCCAGAAACUUAUUAGAAGCGGCGGAUCGAAUUCGCGACGAGCGUUCCAUUAGGGUUUCGAAUCAACAUCAACAAACGACGAGAGAAAACUUUUUAAAACAUGUACGGAGGCGAUUUUGACGGCAACGCUGCUUUCGCCGGCGGCGGCUUCAUGCCUUCUCAGGCGACUACGCAAGCCCAUGAAUCCUCAUCUUCCCUCAAGAACCGCGAUGUACGUACCUUGCUUCCCCUGACACUGAAGCAGUUGAGCAGCGCAUCAACCACUGGCGAAUCAAAUUUCUCUAUUGAUGGCGUUGAUAUUAAAACUGUUGUAAUCGUUGGACGGAUUUCUAGAAUGGAGAACAGAAUCACUCAGGUCGAUUUUGUUGUUGAUGACGGUACAGGCUGGGUUGAUUGUGUCAGAUGGUGUCACGCUCGGCAAGAAACUGAAGAAAUGGAAGCAGUCAAGCUGGGAAUGUAUGUUCGCUUACAUGGACACCUGAAAAUUUUUCAAGGGAAACGAUCUGUGAAUGUUUUUUCAGUCAGGCCUGUCACUGACUUCAAUGAGAUUGUACACCACUUUACCGAGUGUAUGUAUGUCCACAUGUACAACACCAAGUUACGGGGUGGUUCUAUUACUCAAGAUACUGCUACUCCUAGGCCCCAAAUGCCAUAUUCAACAAUGCCAACCCCUGCAAAGCCCUACCAAACCGGUCCAUCUAAUCAGUUCCCGAACCAAUUCAAUGAUUCAAUGCAUGGUGUAAAGCAGACGGUCUUGAAUUACCUGAAUCAACCUAUGCACAUGUAAGUUCAUCUAAUAUCCCCAAAAGAACCCAAUUAACUUGUCAUAUAUUUCAUUCAUUUCAUACAGCUUUGAAUACUAAUGAUCAAACUGCAGUUCAUGAAAUAAGCAAAUCAACCUCUAAAGUCUCUAUGAGCCAACCUUGACUAAAUUUUAUGUAAAAAUCAUUCAACUAUAUCAGCCUUGUGGCCGAUGUUUGAGAUUAUGUUAUUGCAGCAGAUUGAUGUUCUUGAGUCAGUGAUAAGUGUAUUGCCAUAUGAAUUCAACUUCUUUCAUUGGAUUCUCCUUCUCUCUCGCUCAUCUAAAAGCAUAACUUGAGUUUGAUAUUUGGUGUUGUAUAUGUUGGAUCUACAUCAGUGUAUCUGAAGCUGGAGUUCACUGUGAUAUAAUUGCCCGUGAACUCAGGAUUCCGCUGCUUCAAGUCAAGGAAGCGUUAGAACAGCUCUCAAACGAUGGUUGCAUAUACUCGACUUUGGACGAGACAUGCUUCAAAUCGACUGCUAACGCUUGAUGAAAAUUGAUUUAUAUGUCAACACAUAUCAAUCCUCCUCUCAUGUUCAAAAGUCUUUUGUAUAGGCCCUAAGGUAGGACAAUAUGUAGUUUUAAGACUAAAAAUCUUUCUUAUGGCUUUUGGAUUUUUUUAAAGGGAACUAAACUCAAAAGUUCAAAAUCAUUUUCGUCACUUGAUUUCCUUUUGUUAUAUGGUUUUGAGAGAAUUUUAUUCUUUUUAGAGUGAUUAUUUUUCUACCGAAGCGAAAACACAACAUCUAUCUAAGAACUGCA